UCUUGGCGAUACAGCUUAUUGUCAGUAAUAAAACCACGUUACAGCUGCUUGUAUUCGUGAUGCUGCUCGUUUCAGAGAUCGUAAGAGAAAAUGAUCAUCAUGAUGAUGGGUGCCGCAGCACUCGAAUCCCCCAAGCAUCAUCUCGAAACCCAUCCGCAUUGGGAUGGUCGGCCUAUAGCCAGUCAUCGCGGGUUUCAACGCGUCCUGAGUCAAGGUCAAAGAAAAUACGAGCAUUGGCACUGGCCACUUGCUGGGCAAACAAACGCACUUCACGGUUACGAUACCAAAAAUAGCGUCCCGUCGGCAAGAAAAAUACCGCCUCUUCCCCUCUCCCCUCCCGUCACAAUGAUCCCAUCUAUCUGCACAGCACAACCCCAUCGAAUGCAUCUGUGCAGGCAAAAUGACCUUCCCGAAGGAUUGGGCUGUUUGCAUAUUACGUCUCGUUUACGAUUAGCUGUGCUGGCAGCCUCCAUGGCCAGUCAAACGCUUUUGUCCUAGGAUCGAUGAUGACAGACGCCGUCUGAAGAUACUGCACCGAUCAUCGCCACGCUCGUGAUAUC